CGUUAUAUGUAACUAUUGAAAAGUUGAGAAACGUGUCUUUCCCCUUUAUACUAAACUAUUUUACCGGAUAAGAUUCUUUCUGUCAAAUUGUAAUUGAAGAAACAUAUGACAAUAAAAGAUACUCCAUGCAAAACAGUAACAAAACGUAUCGAUUCAAUUAUUUUUUUUAGCUUACUUUGAACGCUUUAGUCUUGUUACUUUCGUCGAUAUAUUGUUAAUAUAUAACAGUACGAGCAAUGUCAAGCGAAUUUGAAAGAAAUGAUGGUCUAUCAUUUACGAAUCUUUCAUAUAUGAAAAAUGAGAACAAUCUAACAUUCUUCUCAAGUAUUGACGAAGCUACAAAAGAAUGGCUCAAAUCUUUGGAACAAAUAUGGCAAAUAUGGAAAAAGGGUGAUAUUGUAAACAACACACUGAUUGAAUAUUUCGAAAGUGCACCUGAGCCUUAUUUAAGCACAAUCCGGUUAUUAGUGAAUACUUCAGACUUUAAACAUAUAAAAAGGAGUUCAUCGUUGGCAUUUACAGUCAUAGAAGAAUUUGCAAACUGGUUAAAAUCAAAGAACUCGAUAUACAAACAUUUCUUAGAUCUAAAUUUAAAAUUAGCAACAUUUCGAUUAGUCAUUCAACAAAAUAACAUUGAAUUUGUUAAAAUGGUUGCAACUACGUAUGAAUUCAUAGAUCACAAAGAGGAAUUUUUUAACAUAAUAAGGGAAAUCAUUAAAGAAAAAAAAUACAAAGAAGCAGCACAGUAUGCAGUUAUAUUGCAAUUGCAAGAUCAUUUUCCAAAUCCAGAAACUUUACUGCUACCACUUAUUCUACAAAAUAAGUUAACAGUUGUUGAAGAGUUUUUAGGCAAUUGUCCUAUUUUGCAGAAAACUUUAGUCUUGUAUUUGGAUAAUCUAAUUGCACCUGAUAAUAGCAUGCAUGCCAUUUUAAAUGAAAUAAUUAAAAAAAAUAACAUACCGGAUGUAAAGAUGCCAAUAAUAAAUACUAAGCCAAUGACUAAAUUAAUAGCUCGCCUUAUCAAAUUAUAUAAUCUUCCACCAGAACUCUGUUCCAAUUUAAAUAAAAAAAGAUGCAAAGGUGUUUUGCAAUUCCUCGUACAUAAACGUUAUGUGGAAUCUAGUUUAAGUAUUGCUAGUUGGAGAGAAAUGGUACAAGAUGCAGUAGGAGAUGAUCAUACAUUACAACUUGCUAUAAUAAGAAUGAUAAUUGAUGCCAAAGACGCGGCUGAAGCUUUAUACUGGGCUAAAAAAUUUGAUGUUCCUCGAGAAAAAUGGCCAUGGGCAAUCUUACAUGAAGGAAAGGAACAAAAUGAAUAUGAAGCUGUAAAUGAAGGCGCUUCAACUAGCAAGAUAAAUGAUUGGGAAAUUGACAAUGGUCUUGUAAAUUAUCAUGAAUUAAAAUUAUCAAGAGAUUCUAUUAAAGUAGUAAAUGAUUUUGAUAGUUUUAAAGAGUUUCUUGACAAUGGAUUAGUAAAUGUCUGUAUGGUUGGUAUUGAUUCAGAAUGGAAACCAUGUUUUGGUACAAAACAAACAGAAUUAGCUUUAAUACAAAUAGCUACCAAAGUUAAUGUAUACAUCUUAGAUGUAACUACAAUGGGAAAUAAACUAGCAGAAUUAUGGGCUGAAUUAGCUUCAAACCUCUUUGAAAACAAGAAUAUUUUAAAACUCGGAUUUGGAAUAGCACAAGAUAUGACAGUUACAUGCAAUAGUUUGGCUGUAUUAUCAAAAGUAAAAACACACGGACAAGGUUAUCUAGAUAUUGUAAAUUUAUGGAAAAAAUUGGUGGAAGAUUAUAAAUUUGUUUUUCCACAUGAAAGUAAUCAACACUUCGCUAAAAAAAAUUUGAGUAAACUUGUAGAGCUUUGUCUUGGACGAAAGCUAAAUAAAUCUGAUCAAUUUUCUAAUUGGGAGCAAAGACCAUUAAGAGAAAGUCAAAUAAUAUAUGCUGCGUUAGAUGCAUAUUGUUUACUAGAAAUAUAUACAGCAUUGGAAAUUCAGUGUGAACAUUUGGGCAUACCAUUUCAUGAUGUGUGUUUGGAAGUGCAACAUAUCCCUCAAUCCCCAGAAAAAAAUAUAAAAAAGCCUGCACAAAAGCACCAUUCCGUUAAAAAGAAUAUCAGUUAUGAUAAACAACAAAAUUUUCAAAGAUUUUCGGAACAAGGAGGAAUAAGAUAUAAUUCUCAGAAAUCAAAUUAUCAAAUUUAUCAAUCUUUUGACAAACCAAGGUCCAUGGAUUUCAAUAAAUUACAUUACGCAAAUAUACCAAAAAAUGUAAAACAAGCAAAUUAUGAAAGUCAAACACAAAAAAAUUCUCAAGUAGUUAAAUAUAAAUUUAUACCAGCGCAUCAGUGGCGUGUAGUUUGUGAUUCAAUGUUAGGAGGAUUGACAAACAAAUUGCGAAUGUGUGGAUGCGAUUGUGCUCAUUUUACAUUUGAUCAGGAAGGAGAACGAUCUGCUCAACUAGCAAUGCGCGAAAGAAGAGUAUUUUUGACUCGUAAUAAAGGAUAUUUAAGAUUUUUACAAUAUAUUCCAUCUGAAGAAUGUUAUCUAGUAUUGAAAGAUACUCCCAAUGAUCUACGGGAGGUAUUAAACUACUUUAAAAUUAGAGUUACAGAAAGAGACAUAUUUAGUCGAUGCCAGGACUGUAAUAGUGACGAAUUCGCAAAAGUUCGAAAAUUAUUAAUGGAUAAACUUUUCAUCAGCUAUGUCAAAAUAACACGUAAAAAUAAUUAUGGUAAUAUUACUUCAAAUUCAUCUGAUUGUGUAGACAGUACAUAUCACUCAAAUGUAGCAACAAAUUCAAGUAAUGAUUUACAACAUGAUACUCGUGUAAAUGAGUUACAGCGUGACGAUCGUACAUGGAUACUUAGUACAAAGUCUAUAAAUGUUGAUACAUGUUUAACGAAAUAUAAAACAAGAAUACAAAUUGAUAAAGUACCAAUAAAGAUACUACAAAACAUACAAAAUUUUUAUGUUUGUGAACAUUGUGGAAAAAUAUAUUGGAAUGGAACACAUUUAGAACGUGCACUUAAUGGUGUUAUUAAGGAUCUUAUUUAUCAUAUGUGACUUUUAAUUAUAAUCACUUGUGAUAUAGUGUUUAAAGCAGUACUCAGACUUUGAAAGCAUAAAUCAAAAGUGUCUUUAUUUAUGAGUCAAUAACUGUUCCUAUAAUGUGGAAUUAGAAACAAAAAUACGUUUAGUUUACUGCAUAUAUUUUAAGAAGUAUUUUGACAUUCUUAAAAAUGUAUAUAAUCUUAAAAAGUUAUUUUUUCUUCUCUUUUAUUAUUUUUGUAGAA